CUUAAUCUCUAGCAAGAACUUUUUGCUCUUUAGUUUGUUUCAUAUAUAAUAUUAUAUAUUUUUUGAUUUACUACAUAUCAUCUUGUUGAUUUAUUUCGCUGUACUCGGUAAACAAAAUUUGUAAAUAAACGUCGCAAUCAAUUCAAAUCAUAUUCAUAUCAUUCAACAAGUCUUACAUUUACUUACAUGAAAACUGCGCCUUUCAUACAUAGAUAAUGUACAAAAGAAUCUGUUAUCCGUUUAAAUAUUUUCAAGACGUAAAACAAGAUGACGCGAACAAGGACAACGAAGAAGAUAGUGCAGCAGACAUUCAUAAAGUUAAAACAUAUGAUUUACACUCUCGAAACAAGUCGACGAACACCGAGGACAUCCAUUUACUCGGUGAAAAGGAAGAAGAGAAACCUGUUACGGAACCUACGGAGCCACAGUACGAAACAUAUUCGUUUUCUGGAACGUUCAGAGAUGGAGUGAGUCGCAUCGAUUUAGUCCUAGUGUUGGCAGAAACAGACCAACCUGACGUGCAGAAAUUACAAAAGGACUAUUUAUUGAGUAUUGCAAAAGUGGGCCUGAAAGUGGAACCUGAAGCUGGUUUGAUGCCGGCGCAUCGAAACUUAACGUUCGUUAAAGUUCACGCACCAGACGCUGUUUUGGAGACAUACGGCGAGAAAUUAGGCGUAAAAAAGUAUUUCAAACAAGUUCACUUGGAGUACAUUCCCAAACAGGUCUUAUGUUAUAAAAAUAAGGAAAAGGAAUGGCUUUCUUUAGUGAGAAACAAUUACGUACAACCUUUAGGCUAUUCUAACUCAGAGAGAAGUCUUCUCGUAUACAAAUUAUUGCUUAAUUUGCGAUUUGGAGAACAUCAAAACCAUUUUGGUUUAAAGAGGCUUCUAAACUGGAAUAUUGUAUCUGAUGUGUUCGCAUUGCACGAUGGCCCGUACUUCCUCACGCGGAAGCAGAAUUUUUCCGAAGUUACCGCUAGACAGAUAUUGUAUUACAACUGGAUUGGAUGCACCAACAUCUUUAAACUGCAAUCAUUGCACUUAAUUGAAGAAUAUUUAGGAUCUAGGAUUGGGUUUUACUUCGCGUUCAAACAGUUUUUCACUCUGGGUCUGGUAGUGGCCUCUCUGGCUGGAAUAAUGUCGACAGGGUUCGGCGUGGUGGAUCCGACGUACGAAAGCGCGCGAAAUAACAGUUGCAACGACAAAGCAAAUAUUACCAUGUGCCCGAGAUGUGAUAACUUUGUAACUUGUCCAUUUCUGAGCCUGAAAGAGUAUUAUUGUUUUGGAGCUAAGUUAGUGAACGUUCUCGACCAUCUUAUGCUUCCCGUUCACUGCCUCUUUCUAGUAAUUUGGGGUUUUGGUCUGUUGACUCUUUGGAAUAGAAAAGAAAGAUAUUUGCUCUGGAUGUGGGAGCUGCAUCAUGUUACAAAUAUGACUAACACUAGGCCUGAAUUUUCCAUAAACUACAACAAGCCCGUGCGGUCGGACAACACCGGGUUGUGGAAGUACUACAACAGCGGCAUCAGCAAUCUGAUUAGAACUGCAGUCACCGCGGUGUUUUACUUCGCAUGUUUGUACUACGUCAUUUGGAUAUUCUUUACAUUGGUUACAGAAAAAUAUAGGACCCUUAUGAUGCGUGUAAAGCUUGAAACACUGCCUAAAGACUUCGAGAAAUAUAUUAUAAUAGCUCUGUUUGCGUGCGUCGUUACUGUUAUAUUUACAAUAUACGAGAAGAUAUGUCACGUUGUCGCGGUGUUGGUGAACAGGUUCCAGAACCAUCCGUCCGUCGAGUCGUACGACGGCGCCAUGGCGACCAAAUUGUUUGCGGUCACUUCUUUUUGCGUUUAUCCGAUUUUGUUUUAUUUCGCGUGGUUCAAGUCACGAUUAUAUUACAUGCCUAUAUGGUAUGACCGUUUUAGGCAUAAAGGUUAUGAAAAAAUAACGUUAAUUAGUGAAGGGCACUUCAAAAACUGCGGACCUCACCCUUGCAUUGACGAAGUGUUUGUCGCUCUAACUGUUAGUUUUUUAAUCAAGCAAGCCCUGCCAAAGAUAUUGUAUAUUUUAAUACGAGCUAUUUGGCCAAUCAGAACCGACUACAACCAAGGGAAAUCUAUAAACAGAAAAUAUCCAUGCUGGGAACGGGAAUACAGACUAAAGCCCAUUACAGAAGACGAGAUGACUAGACAAUACAACUAUUUGGCAUUACAAUUCGGAUAUAUAAUAUUGUUCGGCGCCGCGUCUCCGUUGCUGCCCGUAGCGGCUUUAAUUUUAAACCUGAUUGACAUGCGAUUCACAGCACGAGAGUUUUUAUUGACCUGCAGAAGGCCCAUCCUUCUUGAAAAGUCCGGUUUAGAUAUUUGGUCUACACUGUUCGCUGUAUUGGCUUGGACCUCUAUACUUAGUAAUGCAUUAUUUCUAGCCUUUAAUUCUCGAACUCCUGCGAGGCAGGUGUAUUUGAAGACGCACGAUAACAUGACGGAUUUUUUCAUGGCUACUAUAAGUUCAUUUGAGACAAAGCAUUACCCUUACUCGCGAAUGUUCCGCAAGCAGUAUGAGAACUACACCGGCUUCAUGCCGGAGCUUUGUUACUUCCCAGGUGUGAUGUUGUCAAAAGCCGAUUAUGAUAAGAUAGCAGUUGCGGCUUAUGUCUAUAUUAUGCCUGACACUAUACCCACAGAAGAAAAUUUUCAAAACGACAUAUAUAAGUAUUCAACACUCAUGGUUUUUCAAUACGUGGGAUUGACAGCUGCCUUGUUGAUGCAAUACCUCAUCCCGCCAAAGCCUGAAGACAUAGAAGACAGCAUCAAAGCCGAACAAACUAUCAAGGACGCUUACCUCACACAUUCUGAACAAUGAAUUUUUAACCUAAUAUGUUUUUGUUAGAAUACAUUUUUUUCUUUUAUUACCUAUUUU